AUGACACAAUCCAAUACAGAUGGACCGCUGGCGAAGCGUCAGAGAGUCGCCGCCCCUACUUCUGUCUCUAAAGCGCCUACGAAUGCUUCGCGCAUCUUCGCCCCGUUCCGCACUGUCGGCUUGGUAUCACCUACUAGUGUGCCAUUUACAUCGAUUCCACUCGGCAAAACGUCAUUCCAGAUUACAACCUCGGUCGGCAGAGCCCUUCAAACGUAUGACCUGAAGCGCGGUCUCAAUCUGGUCUUUGUUACAAGACCCGAAACCCCUGCCGUCAUUACCGCCACCUUUGCCUGGAAAGAAAAAGUGUUUGCUGCGUGGGGUGGAGGAGACGAUGACGACUUGAAGGGUAUCUGGGUCUUCCAAAGAGGCAAAAAGACCGACGAACUUGCACUCCCCGACGACCUUGACGAGCCGAUUCAGCAGCUCCUGAUUUUCGGGACAUGGCUAGUUGCUUGCGCCUCGACAAGAAUCGAAAUCUUCAAAUCGGUGACGCUUGAGCACUACACUACUAUUCAUACCAUGGCCGCAGCCAACAAGGAGAAUGAAAUCACUGGAGGUGUGACUAUGAUGCCUACUCUCCUGAACAAGAUUUUUGUUGGUCGCAAGGAUGGUUGGGUUGAAAUCUGGAAUGUCAGCACGGGAAAGCUUAUUUACACCAUUUUGCCCCAAAUUUCCGACGCUGGAUGCGUUACCUGCCUCGAGCCCAGUCCGGCGCUUUCUCUCCUCGCCAUAGCUUAUUCGUCCGGCGCCUUAGUGGUGACCAAUGUUCUUACCGACAAGCCUCUACUCCAAUUAGAAGCGGGGAACCCGGAUGCGCCAAUUACCUCCAUCUCCUUUCGCACUGAUGGCGUAGGUGCUGGCACGGAUGGGCGCAAGGAUGGCGUCAUGGCAACUACAACCACCGCUACGGGCGAUGUCACGUUCUGGGAUCUUAACGGCGGUGGUCGGGUCAUGAGUGUCCUUCGAAGUGCACAUAACCCUCCCACACACGACGGAUCAGCUGUCAGAGGAGGUAUCAGCAAGGUUGAAUUCCUUCCUGGCCAACCAGUGAUUCUCACCAGCGGUCGAGAUAAUUCUCUGAAAUCCUGGAUCUUUGAUGCCAGCCCAUUCUCGCCUGUUCCUAGAGUCCUACACUCGCGCAGCGGUCAUUCUGGACCUGUCAAUUGCCUAACUUUCCUGCCGUCCGACUUUGACGGUGCUGAAGCUGGCAACAAAUGGCUGCUAAGUGGUGGCCGUGAUAGGAGUCUCUGGGGUUGGAGCUUGCGCCGCGACGGCCAGAGUGCAGAACUCAGUCAGGGCAAUAUCCGCAAGAAGGCGAAGAAGGUUGGUAUUCUGGCGACUAAUGCUACUUCGCACGGUAUGACUACGACACUUGAAGACCUCAAGGCACCUGAGAUUACGUGUAUCGCUACUUCUAUAAACCGUGACGGUGGAAUCGGUGCCCUACCUGGAAAACAACCGAUUUGGCAAAAGGGAACCAUCCAGAGGAAGAAUAUGGACGCCGAAAUUAGUGGCAUGACCGGCUGGGAAAGCGUCGUUACAGCACACAAUGGAGACGCUUAUGCUCGGACCUGGUUUUGGGGUCGCCGUCGUGCCGGACGAUGGGCCUUCCCAACUGGGGAUGGAUCUCACGUUUCAACAGUCACCAUUAGCCCUUGCGGCACAUUUGCCGUGGUUGGGUCGCAGGAGGGUGGACUGGACAUGUACAAUCUUCAGUCUGGCACCCAUCGUCAGCGCUAUCCUUCCAAAUUGACACCCGCACAAGCUCGUCAACUGAAGGCUCAACAAUUGAGACAGGGCGAUGAAUCUGUAUUAUCACACACCGACCGCGGCAAGACCUUUCUGCCUGGCACCGGAAAGCACACAGGGCCCAUUACGGGCCUGGUUGUCGACUCUAUGAACAAAUACGUGAUAUCUAGCGGGCAAGAUGGCAAAAUCAAAUUCUGGGACCUGCUCACCGGUACACUGUUGGAUCAGCUUGACUGGGCACCGAUGACCUCCCCCACGCGCUGCCGCUACCACCCAGGCAGUAACCUACUCGCAUUCUCAUGCGACGAUAAUUCUGUCCGAGUGGUCGAUAUUGAGACAAAGCGGACUAUCAGAGAAUUUUGGGGUCCUCAGGAUACCAUCAACGAUAUCUGUUUUUCGACUGAUGGCAGAUGGGUCAUUGCUGCCUCGAGAGAUUGCCUUGUGCGAAUCUGGGAUCUUCCAACGAGCCAUCUGAUUGAUGCGAUACGUCUUGCCGAACCUUGCAAUGCUAUUGCCAUGUCGGCAACGGGUGAAUAUCUGGCAGCAAGUAUCAAUGACGAACCAGGUGUCACACUAUGGACCAAUAAGGCGCUGUUUAAGCAUGUUCCGACACGGCAAAUAUCCGAAAAAGAAAUUGCUAUUUUGCGCGGACCCACCGUAUCCGGCGAAGGCAAUGAAGGUAUGCUAGAAGGCGCUUUCGAAGAUGAAGAAGAGGAUGUCGACGCGGUGGUGGCUCCUACGGUCGAGCAGCUGAGCUCGGAUAUGACGACACUUAGUCUUGUGCCGAAGAGCCGAUGGCAAACUCUUCUACAUCUGGACUUGAUUAAAGAGCGAAACAAGCCAAAGGAAGCACCAAAGGCGCCAGAAAAGGCACCUUUCUUCUUGCCUUCAGCUGGUAAUAACCAGACGCUCACGGAAAAAGACCAGCAAGACGGAACCGAUGAUGGGUCACGGUCUCGAAUUACCAAACUCGAACAAGCUCGCCUAGAGGAAGUUUUCAGCUCAAAGCUUCAAUUAGGGGUCGAGAGCGGCAAUUAUGAGGUGUUUAUUGACCACUUGAAGCGGCUGUCACCUUCGAGCGCUGACUUGGAGCUGCGAUCAUUGUCGAUUGGCAGCGGGAGUGACGACACUAAUGAGCUUCUGCACUUCAUCCGCGCCUUAACAUAUAGGCUCAAGUCACGACGCGACUACGAGCUUAACCAGGCCUGGAUGACUGUAUUUUUACGACUUCAUUUCGAUCUUGUUUUGGGCAGCGCGCCGUUGCUGUCGGUCCUGCAAGAGUGGAAGACUCAGCAGGAGCAGGAAGCGAAAAUGGGCAAGUUCAGAGGAAAGAAUCGUCGCGGCGGUGGUGGUGGUCGCGGAGGCGGCCAAGGCGGCAACACCUGGCGUGACUACCCUCCUCUGAAGAAGGAGAACGAGAAGCUCGAGAACUUUUACAACACGCUGCUGCAGCUACCUGAGGAGGAGAAACAGCAGUUCUGGGAUGCCCUCAAACGCGAGCUUCCCAACAGCUUCCGCUUCUGCGGCUCCAAGGGACACGCCCUGGCCGUCAAGCGACUUUUGCGAACGAGAUAUAUUCCCGAAAUUACCAAGAUUGAGCACCACGAUGGCCGACCUGUCGAGCCGCCCAUGCCCGUUCCUUGGUACCCCGACGAGCUCGCUUGGUGGAUGACAACGCCCAAGAAUGUCGUCCGCAAGUUUCCUCCUUUUUCUGCUUUCCAGAAGUUCCUCGUUUCUGAGACGAGUGUCGGCAACAUUAGCCGACAGGAAGUUGUUUCCAUGAUUCCUCCCAUGCUCAUGGACCUUAAGCCCGGCAUGACUGUUCUCGACAUGUGCGCGGCGCCCGGAAGCAAGUCUGCGCAGCUGCUGGAGAUGAUCCACGUUGGUGAAGAGUCCCGCGUGCGCAAGGUUCUGCGCCAAUUUGCACAGGAAGAUGGACUUGUUCUUGGCGACGAGACCAAGGAGGAGAUUGAGGCCAACCUCGAAGCCGACCCCUCUGACCAGGGCCGCGCCACCGGUCUGCUGAUUGCCAACGACGCCGACUACAAGCGCGGCCACAUGCUGGUCCACCAGCUCAAGCGCUUGUCGUCACCUAAUCUUCUAGUUACGAACCACGAUGCCACGCAGUUUCCGUCCAUCAAGCUCCCUCCCUCACCAAACACCCCGAAUAAGCCCAACUACCUAAAGUUUGAUCGCAUUCUGGCCGAUGUACCCUGCUCUGGCGACGGCACGCUUCGCAAAAAUGCCAACUUGUGGAAGGACUGGCAGCCAGGUAGUGCUCUGGGUCUACACGCCACUCAAAUUCGCAUUCUCGUCCGUGCACUUCAGCUUCUCAAGGUUGGCGGCCGCGUUGUCUAUUCUACCUGCAGUAUGAACCCUGUUGAGAAUGAAUCAGUCAUUGCGUCUGCUAUUGAGCGAUGUGGCGGCCCUGGAAGCGUUGAAAUCGUCGACUGCCACGACCAGCUCCCCGGCCUGAAGCGCGUUCCCGGCAUGAAGGAGUGGAAGAUUAUGGACAAGGGAAACCGAAUCUGGAGCACUUGGGAGGAAGUGGAACAGUUUUCCAAGGAGAGCAACGAGGGUGUCAUCCCUGGUCGUGUCUCUGAGACCAUGUUUCCCAAGCGUGAAGGGUCUGACGCCUACAACCUCCCUCUAGAGCGUUGCAUGAGAGUCUACUCUCACCUGCAAGAUACCGGCGGCUUCUUCAUCACGGUACUCGAAAAGAAGUCCGACUUCAAGGCUAAGAACGAGAGCACCCGCAAGCCGCCCGUCGCGGCCGCUAAUGGCACCAACACACCUUCUAAUGGAACUGAGAAGUCUGUCGAGACCGAAAAGCCCGCCGAGACCGAAGAGCCCACCGAGACCGAGAAGCCAACCGAGCCGACUGCUGAGCCCGCGACUGAGGAUGUCAGGAUGGAGGACGCCGACAACACCUCUAACAAGCGCCCUCUGGAGGAGGAGCCUGCUGAUGCUGAAGCUGUCAAUAAGAAGGCCAAGACCGAAGCCGACUCGUCUGCAGCUGUCACUCCCGCCGCUCCCAAACCAGACGCCACUCACAAGCAGAAGCAGGGCCCUGUCGAGGAGCCAUUCAAGUACCUGGAUCCCUCCCACCCAACCAUCGAGAACAUCAUCGAAUUUUACAAGCUAUCGUCCCGCUUCCCCACCAACCGGUACAUGGUGCGCAACGAGAUGGGCGAGCCAGCAAAGGCCAUCUACUACACUACGCAGCUCACGCGCGACAUCCUGACGGAGAAUGAGGGCCGCGGCAUCAAGGUAAUCCACGGCGGCGUGCGCAUGUUCAUGAAGCAGGACGCGCCGUCGGCCGAGGUGUGCCGCUGGCGCAUCCAGUCGGAGGGCAUGCCGAUUAUGCAGGGAUAUGUGGGCGAGCCACGCGUGAUCCGACUGCGCAACAAGGAGACCCUGCGCAAGCUGCUCAUCGAAAUGUUCCCCAAGAUCAACGACGACGCAUGGCAGGCGUUUGAUGAAAUUGGCCCGCGCGUGCGCGACGUGAGCAUGGGCUGCUGCGUGCUCCGCGUCGAGCCCGACGGUACCGACCCGGACUUUGCCGAGGCCAUGGCCCUGCCGCUCUGGAAAAGCAUCCACUCGCUCAACCUCAUGCUGCCCAAGGAGGACCGCGCCGCCAUGCUGCUCCGCAUCUUCAACGACACCACCCCGCUCAUCAACAUUGCCCAGCAGCUGCAGCAGAAGAGUGAGGCCGCCAAAAAGGCGGCUGCGGAGAAGGACAAGUCGCUGAAGCAGGAAGCGGAGGCGGAGGCGGAGGAGAAGCAGACGGGCGAUGCGCAGGAUGCGCUGGACAAUGACGACGUGGAAGACCUACCGAGCCCAGAAUAG